AAGACUUUCCAACGCCAUCAACAAUGCAAGUGACGAUAGCAAUAUUGUUACCAUCACUGUGGUGUCGACACAGUUUAGUAUUCAUCACGAAGUUACCAGAUGCAGAAUGUUUGGUGUAUUGUAACACCAAUGGCUGUAUAUAUCGUCGUUUCGUUGUCGUUCAUAUUGUUUGCUGACUGGCUGCCUAGUUAGUGGAGCGAAGGAUGACGUCAGUGGAGAGGGAAGGCACGGACCUUCCAUUGCAGCGGUUAGUUGUUGCUCCAGCAAUGGCAGCUGAUGCUGCUACUACUGUUGUUCCCGACUCAGAGUGCUGCUGAAAGUUCCAGGAAAGCGCCGGACAGUGUGAGUCAUUCGUGGAGCAGCAUCGAUGUUGGUAGCGCGAGGUCCGGGCUGCUGCUACGUCUAUUACUGCAGCGGGUGUUACAGCAACUGCGCUUUGACUGGCCUAGCUCGACUCUGCCUUCCCGCGCCCGUUCGCUUGCCUCGCUAGCUAGUUGGUUCACGAGAUAGAUCAUGGCAGUGCAUACCCGAGCGGCUACACAACAGCGUGCCAGUACUGGUAGUAGUAGCACUAACAGUAACAGCAGUUACAGCUACCACAACAGAAUCAGUAGAAACCACACUAAAGGAAAUAUUAAAACAAGGCCGCAAAAAAUUCGCUUUCAGUAUAGUGAGCACAAUGUAGGGGGGGUCGGCAAGAAAGAUAGAACUACUCGUAAUAGCAGGACAGAUUCCGAAAUAAGCAACAGCUUUAUGGUCGAAUGUAAGGGGUCGAACGCGAAUAACAAGUCUCCAAAAGUGGCAAGUGAGCAGUCAAAAAAAGUGUCAAGGAGAAAUUGUGGCAUAAAAAAGCGGUCAGCGAAGGUUGCCUUGACGAUUGAGAGCAACUCUGCUGGUGCUAAAAAAUCCGUUGUUGGGUCGACAAAGGCUGCUAAAUCGAAGGAAGUUGUGUCUGAUAUAUCUAAAAACAUUAACAUCGAAUGUCUUAACGAACCAUCAUAUCCAACGGGAGUUAGAUCUUCUCAACGUGCGUACUCACUGCUUUCUUAUGCGGAUACUGGCAACAAAAAGGAUUACGCGGAUGCGGUAGAACAGACUGGGAGUGGUAAAGUGCAGGCCUUCUCUAAAAAUUCAUUGCGCGCAAAAGUACACUCAUGCGAAAAAGUGAGAAGCAGGUACUCUAGAAGUGGCAAAACUACCCCCAAAGACAAGGUUGGAAAAAGCAGUCCUAAAUUAAAAAAAGUCAACAUUGAAACUGCCAGUGGAAAAACAAAGGUGAUACUUGUACCUCAAAAAGAUACGUGCGGGAAGGGUGCAUUACCCUCAUCGCGGGGGGCAACAAACACAGUAACGAGCCUUGGUAAAGUUAAGUCUUCACGUAGCGGUAUAGCUUUUAGUGAAGAUUCUGCCCGGUGCAAAAAAAGUGGCAAGAUGUUUCAGUACUCGCCAAAUCUCAGUAUUCCUACGCGGACGACUUCCACCCUGACACCGACUACGCUGCGCAAUAUUCAAGAUUCUUUCGUCGAGUACGACAAUGAGGUUCAACCUCCUAUGGAGCACCAAAUGGCAGCCGGGUUUGCACCUCCCUCUGUAAUAGUGCAGCAGUUUGCCUCCAACGGAACCCACAACAGUCAAGGUGUACUUACCCCCGUGGUCGGGACAAACCCAAACAGCAACAGUCUCGAAGACAACGCUGUGAGCACACUCCAGCGCGAACGACACGACAUUGAGGUAAAACAAGAAAUAAUUGAAGAAGAUGCAGGCUGGGUUCAGACUCCGUGGACAGAUCCAGGUCUUUUGCCUUCGACCGCUUCGAGAUCGGGUACAGCAGGGGACAUUACUAAUUCCAGUGUCGUGGACUUUCAACAGGGUCAUUUAAACUUCCCUCAAAUUUCUGAUGUUACCAGAACAUCAGUGCCCUCGUUAAUUGGAUCAGUGGAGGACUGCAAUGGAGCAAAUACCGCAAAUAAGAGACGAACUGCGUUGUCAAAUUGUGCUGCGACGUCAAGAGGUACCACGACCUUUACGCCAAGCUCCGCACAUGAACAAAGUUGUCAUCCUUCGACGUCCCGACGAAAUCUAAAAGAUGAGGGAUUGCCGCCCGAAGAAGAAGAAAGACGACGUCAGAGACGGGAGAGGAAUAAACUCGCUGCGGCAAGAUGUCGACAAAGGCGUGUGGAUCAGACGAAAGAACUGCAGGAUGAGGUGGACGGGCUAGAAGGUACACAGAAAAAAUUACGCGGAGAACUUGAUUCAUUAAAACAAGCCAAAAAAGAACUUGAAAAACUCCUUCAACAACAUUCGUGUAUUCAACAACGUCAGAGUGGUAUUUCUCCGCCGAAUAAUUGCCGGCUUAGAGCUCCUGCUACGGCUACACCAGGUGCAACCAGCGCUGUUACUGUAAUCGACAGUCAUCUACAGGCACCAGAAGCCAUCGCCGUCCCUACACAGGUCAAGGUGAUUGUCCGUUGCAAAGAUACUCUGGAUUCCCGGUUGAUCGAGUCCACUGCUGCGCCUCAGCCACAAACUCAACAACCAGAGAAGCGAACGCGUCCAACCAGUUUGGCUGUCAACAUGUUUGAAGGGACCGGAAUACCCGUACAAACGCCAUCUGCAGGCAUGAGUGGUUUCAGAGGAACAUCAUCAUUUGUGUUUAGUGUUGCUAUAAAGUUACUACACAUUGGGAGAUGUUUGAGAGAAGCAGUACGGCCAACAAGGAUUCGUAUACAAUCAAGUUGCAUCGACUAAACGAACUUAUCCAACAAGAAAAGGAAAUUAUCGCAAGAGAUAUCGCAAGAGGCAUUAAAAUAAUCUGGCAAGAUCUUGGAAAGUUCUUCUUUCUUCACCAUAUUUUCCAGGGUUCGCAUGGACGGCUUACCUUUUUUUUAUUACUGCUAAAGAAAACUCCUAACAGUUUUUUUGGCAACGAAGAGUGUACCAGAAACUAGCUGAAAAAGUUUUUCAAUACCGGAUAUGAGAACUUCUACCGAAAUAGAAUAAAUGAAUUAGUUAAAAGAUAAGAGAGGGUCGUAGAGAGUGGCAGUGUAUACAUAAUAAAUUAGUUUGUGACAAUCUAAGACUUGAGAUCAGCUGGGCAGAUAUUAGGGUCCAUUCGACUAGUGUUCCUUAUAUUAAAUCUAAAAAACCUGAUGUACGACAUUACUGUUAUCAUGAUAGGUCCUCACUAUGUGGGCUGAUAGGCUGUUUUUUGGGCAAUCUUUUGUUCAGCUUUUGGCAAAUCUGAUCCAUUAAAAUAUAGAUGAGGUUUGCUAUAGUCCGUGCAUUAAUGUUGACAAAAAGUGGUAGCACAAUAUAAUGAUUUUGCGUUUUUCAAUUUUUUCAAAAAUGAAUAUGUAAUAUACAAAAAAAAACACCCUUGAAAGCAACAGGUAAAUGUUGACAAGAAAAUAGAAUAAUUACAAUAGCAUAAUACAACUUCAAAUAGAAGACUAGGUUGUCAGAAAUGGAAAAAAUAUCAUAUUAGACGUCCAUGGUUUUGAUAAUAGUAACGAUUUGUUGUCUAAACCUAAAUUCCACGUUAAUUCUAAUCCCGGUAAGAUGAGUUAACUUGUGUUGGCAUAUUUUAUAGCGCGUAUCAUUGGAUACAGUGGUUAUGACUAGCAUGGUUUUGUAUGCCGAACGUUUGGAAGCGUAUAGCAUCUCCUGUGGAAUAUGAAAGUUUGACAGGUUUGAUGAAAGCUUUUCGUGCAUUGUUUGUCGUUGUUCUGUAAUUACAUAGGUUAAAAAAGUGUAUUUCGAUAUGCAGUUGGAAUAAAUUCAUCAAUUAUUCAGUUCGUUCGUUCCGUACCAUUACAUUUUAUUUAACUGAUCUAACAUUGUAACAUUUGCGCUAGAAGAAGUAGUGACCCAUGAGCUUUGAUUGACCUUAAUAUGCAAACCUAUUUUUUACGGUAGAUUACUUGACAAGCAUGUACGUACGCUGCACAUAUUAUUAUUCACCAAUGCUGUUCGUAUGACUGUUUUCGCUUUUUGCAUUUUUUUGAAUUUUUGUUAAACACAAAAUUUUUAACCGAAGUCUGUCACCUUCUCCGAUUUUUUGUAUAUUUAUUUUUCGUUUGUUUUAAUGAACACUUUAUUUUUGAAAAGAGCAACUAUACAAAAGUUAUAUUUCACUUCAGAUUUCUUUCGUUAAACUUUUUUUGCGAACACAUUACGGUUAGUAGCAUUUGUGCGCGGUCAGUUAGUCUUUUCUUUUUAUAAAAUAACAACAUGUAUUA